GCGGAACGGGAGCGGGGGUCAUGGCGGAGACCGGCUCGGUGCACGCGACCCGCUUCGAGGCGGCCGUGAAGGUGAUCCAGAGCCUGCCCAAGAACGGUUCAUUCCAGCCAACGAAUGAAAUGAUGCUGAAGUUUUAUAGCUUUUAUAAGCAAGCAACCCAAGGACCCUGUAACAUUCCAAGACCUGGAUUUUGGGAUCCGAUUGGUAGAUAUAAAUGGGAUGCCUGGAGUGCCUUGGGAGACAUGUCCAAAGAAGAAGCCAUGAUAGCAUAUGUCGAAGAAAUGAAAAAGAUACUUGAGAGUAUGCCCAUGACGGACAAAGUUGAAGAAUUACUACAAGUAAUAGGCCCGUUCUAUGAAAUAGUAGAAGAUAAAAAGAAAAGAGGAUCUGACCUAACCUCAGUUCGAAUGGAGAAAGUCUCUAAAUAUUUGGAAGACCUUAGUAAUGUCAUGACUUCCACUCCAAAUAUGAAGGCUGUGAAUGGGAAAGCUGAAAGUAGUGACAGUGGAGCUGAGUCAGAGGAGGAAGGGCUUCGUGAAGAUGAAGAAAAAGAAAUACAGCUAAAUGCCAAGGAAUAUAAGAAAGUGAAGCAAGACUCAGCAGCUGCUAAGGAUUUGGAAAGUAUUGUCACUAAUGGCUGUUCUAAGGACAACUUUAUCCCCAAUCUGCAGAAUGGCAUCCAGACCAAAUCUGCCCUGAAUGGCCUGAAUGUGGAAGAAGAAAUGAAGAAAACAGAGCAAAGCCUAGAGCUAACUAGUAACACUGCUCACCAAGGUGCAAAUGAAGAGAACGCCGAAGAGAUCUCAGGAACUCCGCACCUAACUAGUGAUUCAGACAGUGAGGUUUACUGUGACUCUAUGGAGCAGCUAGGACUAGAAGAGUCUUUGGAGAUCAACACAUCAGCCAAAGGAUCCUUAAAGCCUUCAUCACACUUUUUGGAUGUGGAUCACAGUCUUCUGGUAGAAAAUACAGGUUUUCCGGGACGGGCUGACGUGGCGCACAGGUGUCUCCAACUCAGAAGUGAUGCAGAGGAAACAGCUCAAGAACAAGGCGAAGUCAAGUGUGGAGGAGAGGAUGGCAAGGCCAAUAACGGGGGUCCUCACAAGGAGAAGAAAGGUGGAGAAAAAGCGGAUUUCUAUGGUGUCAGAAGAGGGAGAGGCAAGGUCUGCAUCCUUACCAUCAAACCAGUCCUCUGGCAAGAAGCCAUCGUGGUGGCCCUUCGAAAUUUCCCCUGGUGUUUUAGCUUUUGCUGUUGUAUGGCCCUUUAUUGCCCAGUGGCUGGUGCACGUAUAUCUUCAAAGAAAGAGAAGAAAACUGAAUUGAGAAUUUACGACUUCACUUAAAGACUACUAGGACUAGGAGGCCCUGGAAAGUGAAGGAAUUCUGUCUUCUCAUAGAACCUCAGGAUCUGGGAUGCCGUUCCUUCUGCUGUAGUAAUAUUUUGUACUACCUUUGAGCAAAACAUUUAAGAACUAACGUUACUGAUACUUGAAUGAUUCACUGCUCCUAGGUUACGAAUAAAAUAAACUUAAUUCCAUCCUUAAAACACCAUGAACAAGAAUUACUCCGGAAGGUGCUUAGGGGUGGACCUUCCGUAAUUUCUGAUCUCACUGUUGUCAGAUAAUGGGGAAAAUGUCAUCUUUGUAAAAGAGUAAAUGAAAAAUAUGUAAAAUUAACAUAGAAAUAAUUUUACAGUCAUGGGAUCUCUGCCUGUUUUUGCCAGGGCUCCCUUCUAUCAGCUGAGAACAGUAGUGACAUAUGAAUUUAUGGAUUCCUUACACACUGUAAGCCAGUGGGGGGGAUACAACACAGCUCUGAGCCCUGGAGCCGGUUAUUUUUGCUGCUAAACCACAGUGGAGCCAAUUUCCUUGUAAAUGGCUCAAAAAGGAAAAUUGAAUGUUUCACUUAUCCAUAAAAUUGCAAAGGAAUCUAGAGAUCUGUUAUAAUUUGUCUUGCAAGGCAGAGCUGUUGAUAAGGGGGGAGGUGUCAGGUAUCGGUGUGCAAGCAGUGUGUGGUACAAGGGAUUCUUCUAAAGAGGCUGCACCUUAAUUUAAUGUUGAUAAUUGUAUUCUUCAUGUCAACACCUUGGCCUAAGUAAAACGUAUAGGAAAUGCACAAGGUUUCAGUGGAGAUUAAAAACUAACUCUGUAAGAAUAUCUCUAAAAUUUUAGAAAGCUCACUGUAUUUAAGUAAGUCUUCUGAUGUCAGUUUAUGGCAAAUUAAAAUAAGAUUUUACCUAGUCCUACUCUCUUUUGGACUUCUCCCACUCAUUAAAAUAAAAGGCAAUUCC